AAAAGGUUAAGUACCCUAUCACAAAUAGAGUCACAAAGAAGUCCCUUGAAGAUGAGGAGUCCAGUAAAAAAUUCAGGAAAAAUACAAUUCACAAGUGCUUAUGCAUUGCUAAAACAAUUUCAAAUCAAAAGGGAGCAUGUUUUAGCUGCAUGUGGGGAUAGUAGUAAACAUGAGACAAUGAAAAAGGGAAAGAUGCCGAAAAAGAAGCUGACAAGAGUUGACGAUGAAGGUCAAAGCAAAAUGGCAACCAAGAAGAUAACAAACAUGAAAGAUCGUGAAGAUCAAAUCAAGAUGCCAACAAAGAACUGCAAUGAAGAAAAUCAUCUAGUCAAGAUGAAAGCCAAUGAAAUUGAGGGUCAAAGUGGGAAGAAGCCGUCUAAGAAGAAGGUGCCAAUGAAGAAAUCAAAGGUGGAAGAUGAUAAAACCAAGAUGAAUACCAAUGACGCUGAUGGUCAAAGCAAGAAGCCAACCAAUAAGAAGAUGCUGAUGAAGAAAUCGAAUGAAGAAGAUGCCAAUGAAGAAGAACAUAAGAUUGAGUCUCUUAUCCCAGCUAUGACUUUGGAUGAAUUCUUCGAAAAAUAUGGGAUAUCGUUGGAUGAAAAUGAUGAAGAAUAUGAAUAUGAUUAUGAUGAUCACAAUCCAAGUGUUGGUGAUAGUAGUGAUAGUCAACUCGGUACCAAAAAGAAAAAAGUUCGUGGUCCCACCCAACUCAAGCAUAUUCAUGCUAUGGAGACACAGAUAGAGUUAACAUGGUGCAACGACAGACCUAUAGGCCCAACAAAGACACAGGUUCAAUUGUUUAGUCGAUUUUUAGGUACACUUGCAAGAAACUCUAAUUUGGUCACGUUAUUAUAUACUAGUUGGCAAGCUGUGUCAAGUGAGACUAAAACUUCAAUGUUGGAUUAUGCAAAGGUUAUUUCUGACAAAAAUCGUGAAAAUAGAUCCAAACAAAAAUGGAAUCAUCGAAUGGGUCUAGUUAGUUUUGAAUUAGUACGAGCUGAAUUGGUAUUAUAUUUGUGCUUCGCAUUUAAGUAUCUUUGCAUCUUUCAUGUCAUCUGUGCUGACUUCGAGUAAUCUUUGUGGUUUCUUUGUAGCGUACAAAAAAAGAGGGCAAUAAAGAUCUAUCACAGUCUGAGAUGUUUGUUGUAACUCGUACUAACAAGAAAGGAGAGACUGAUUCGGGAACACAAGAGACGAUUGAUCAUCUUCAAAAUUUGAAGCAAGAUGGAUACAGUGAUGAUGAAGCGCUUCAAACGGUUUUUGGAAAGGAGAGACAUGGUAGAGUUCGUUUCUAUGGUCGAUCAGUCACAAAAUUCUCUCUUAAAAAGGAUAAGCAAAUCCGACAAAUGCAACAACAACAUGCUGAAGUGGUUUCAACUAUGGAGAAAAAUCAAAAUAACUUAACUUCCAAGUUGGAUGGUUUAACGAGCUUGAUCAAAACGGUGUUGCAACAAGUUAAUCCUGGUAUGAGUGCGGAACAAGUGCAAGUAAUGAUAGAAGCUGCCCAACAAUCUCCGCCUGAUGCAAGUAGUGUACCAAAUGAUGCGAGGCGAAGCAUUCCUCCUUCACUGGGAUCGAACCAUGUGUCAAAAGAUAUGGAAUAGGAGGACAUGAUGUGAAGAAAAUAUGUUCUAUACAAAUAUAAGAUGGGAUGGGUCUUAUAAUGAUUUUGGUUAUCUAAAUGUAUUAUUUUGAUGUGUUCUUUACAUUUUGAUAAGAGACUUUAUCCGAUAAUACAUGUAAUGGAUAAAUUACACCCUAUUUUGAUUAGUGUUGUAAUGGAUAUCUACUUUUUAAUGAAACUUUUAGGAUUUACAUUUAUUGAAUUUCUCAUUCUUAGAUUUAUUUUGUGAUUAUCAUCAUUUUGGAAUGUGAUUAUGCUUCAAAAAAAAUUCAUAAAAUAAAACAGGUUACCAUAGAUAACUUAUGGCCACGAUUUUAAGGAGGGGUGACCAUAGAUAAGCUAUGGCCACGGUGAAAACAGUGACUAUAGAUAAGGCUAUGGUCAUGGUUUUAAGGCGGGGUGACCAUAGACACUAUGGUCACGGCAAAAAACCGUGACCAUAGAUAAGGCUAUGGUCACGGUUUAAGGAGGGGUGACCAUA